AUGACGUAUUGGGGACUGACAGGAACUGGUUCUACAGACAAUGGAUUAAUUAGCGCGGCUACCGCUGGGGACUUAGUUGAAGAUUCCGAACGAAUUUCAAUGAGUGGAACGGAGAGAAACGUUACAAAUAAUAUCAGCAAUGGAAAUUACGAAGAACAAACCGGCAGGCCGAAGCAUGGUGACACAGCAGAAUCGGAUUCAUUAGAGGUAUCAGAUGUGUCACAAGAACCUGGAAGUGAUCAAGCCCCCGAGCAAAACACGAUACAUUGGGAACCUAGUGAUGAAAGUUUUCACUGACGUUACCAUUUCGCUAACGUAGCUAGAAAAAAUUUGCAAGAUCAAAAUAUUUUGACUAAAUCGGACUGGUCUCCUUUUCGUUUUUCCAUGUAUAAAGUUUCUAAAUGGUCCUAUCGGAA